AUGGCCUUCGAUUUACGCUGUAUUUCUCUAAAUAUCUUGCGUGUACUGUCCAUAAUUUCACUGAUGCUGGUCAUCGCAACUUGCAUGAUAGUAAAUGUAAAAGGGUUCCCCGGGCUCGGACAAAGCAACACUCUCUUUCAGUUCAUGAAUCGUAUUGUAAUCGCCAUAUGGGCAUUGGUCCUUAUACUUUCUGAGAUUGGAUGGCCGAGGAGAAUUUACACGUGGUUCCCAAUGUUAGAUGAAACUCAUAGUUGGACUUGCUUCGGCCUAUUACAAAUGAUAAUAGGAUCAUUAAUUCUUGGCUAUGAUAGCGGAAUUAACAGUAUUGACUUCUUGGGCUACAGCCUAUUCGAGUUCAUCAUAGUACCAGGCUGGUUCGUGUUCGUAAUUGGAAUAAUCUAUGUGUUCCUUGGAGCAUUCGGAGGUACUUCCUUAAAGGCGGAUCGACGGAUUACCAUGAGCUCGGAAAAAACACCUCCCCCGUCUUACACUGUGUGA